ACGUCGGCUGCGGCUGGCGAAUGACGGAGGGGCGAGGGGAGCGUCUCCCGAACGCGGUCCCCUCCGCCGAGCCGUCGGGCGGAAGGUCCGCAGAAGCUUGUGGGAAGGUGGCUUAUUUCAUUAUGUGUGCGUCAGUCAAAUACAACACUCGGGGUCCAGCCCUCAUCCCAAGAAUGAAGACCAAACAUCGCAUCUACUACAUUGCUCUCUUUUCUGUUGUGCUACUGGGGUUAAUUGCCACUGGCAUGUUCCAGUUCUGGCCUCACUCCAUUGAGUCCUCAAAUGAGUGGACCCUUGAGAAGCGCAGCAUUCAUGAUGUACCUGUAAUCAAGAUUCCUGCAGAAAGUGCCAUUCCAGAACGAGGAGAUCUUAGCUGCAGGAUGCACACAUGUUUUGAUGUUUAUCGCUGUGGCUUCAAUCCCAAAAAUAAGAUCAAAGUCUAUAUUUAUUCCCUAAAGAAGUAUGUGGAUGAAUAUAACAUGCCAGUCAGUCAUACCAUUUCCAAGGAAUACAAUGAACUAUUAACUGCUAUUUCUGAUAGUGACUUCUACACAGAUGACAUCAAUCGUGCUUGUCUAUUUGUACCAUCUAUUGAUGUUCUGAACCAGAACACACUGCGCAUCAAGGAAACAGCUCAGGCUUUGGCACAAUUAUCCCGUUGGGAUCGAGGCACGAAUCAUCUCUUGUUCAAUAUGCUGCCUGGAGGAAGAAGCAACAGUUAGAACCAGUCAUGGAACAACCGAUUGGUUCAAAAUAGAGAAAGGACUCUGUUGGCAGGAGGUGGUUUUUCUACAUGGACCUAUCGGCAAGGAUAUGAUGUCAGUAUUCCAGUUUACAGUCCACUAUCUGCAGAAGUACAACUACCAAAUAAAGGACAAGGUCUCCGCAGAUAUUUCCUCCUCUCCUCUCAAAUUGCUCUUCAUCCUGAAUACCGUUCAGAACUGGAGACUCUUCAAGCAGAGAAUACAGAAUCUGUGCUAAUCUUGGACAAGUGUACCAACCUUUCAGAGGGAAUUCCAUUUAUUCGUAAACGUUGCCAUAAGAAUCUGAUCUUUGAUUACCCUCAGGUCCUUCAGGAAGCCACAUUCUGUGUUGUUCUGCGGGGAGCACGUUUAGGACAAGCUGUAUUGAGUGAUGUUCUUCAGGCUGGUUGCAUCCCUGUUGUCAUAGCUGAUUCUUAUGUUCUUCCUUUAUCUGAAGUUCUGGACUGGAAGAGAGCUUCUGUGGUGAUACCUGAGGAGAAGAUGCCUGAGCUGUACAACAUUCUACAGAGCAUACCCCAGCGGCAGAUUGAAGAAAUGCAGAGACAGGCAAGGUGGUUCUGGGAAGCUUACUUUCAAUCAAUGAAAGCUAUUGCUUUGGCAACUCUUAAGAUAAUCAAUGACCGGAUCUACCCAUAUGCUGCCACAUCAUAUGAAGAAUGGAAUGAUCCCCCAGAAAUUAAAUGGAGCAGUGUAAGCAAUCCACUGUUUCUCCCACUGAUACCACCCCAGUCGCAAGGCUUCACUGCUAUUGUCUUGACAUAUGAUCGUGUUGAAAGUCUCUUUCGAGUGAUCACUGAAGUCUCAAAGGUACCAAGCCUUUCCAAGCUACUAGUUGUUUGGAACAAUCAGAAUAAAGUUCCACCAGAAG